ACGCUUAUGCUUAUCGACGAUACCUGUCAUAACAUAAUUUUAUGGUACACCGACAGCCAUCACUAACUUAAGAGUUAAACAUCGAUCGUCGUGUAUUAUUAAAGUUUUGUCGGACAAGCGAACGCAACAAAUAAAAAAUGAAUAUUCGAAUCAUGCAAAGCCGAAAUAGUUUAAAAAAUGCAACAAGUUUGUUUAGAAGACUUGAGUACCGACAAUUAUCCGCCCAAGUUGCCGCACAACCCAAACGCAAUGCAGCUGAUCAAAACAUCGUCCUAGUCGAUGGAGUUCGAUCUCCAUUUUUGACAUCUGGCACGGCUUAUUCAAAACUAAUGCCACAUGAAUUGGCUCGGCAUUCGCUGCUAUCACUAUUGCAAAAGACUCGCCUAGAUAAGGAACUUGUUGAUUAUAUAGUUUAUGGCACCGUCAUUCAAGAGGUCAAAACAUCGAAUAUUGGACGCGAGGCGGCUCUUUCAGCUGGUUUUAGCGAUAAGACGCCAGCACAUACGGUUACCAUGGCCUGCAUCAGCUCCAAUAUGGCAAUAAGCACUGGCAUGGGUCUAAUUGCUACGAAUACAUACGAUGUGAUUGUUGCUGGAGGCGUUGAAUUUAUGUCCGACUUGCCAAUUCGUCAUUCGCGCAAGAUGCGAGCUUUGCUGGUGAAGGCGAGCAGGGCGAAAACUUUGGGACAACGUUUGUCCUUGCUAUCGACAUUUAGGCCCGAUUUCUUGGCACCCGAACUUCCAGCUGUUGCCGAGUUCUCAUCUGGCGAGACUAUGGGCAAAUCUGCGGAUCGUUUGGCAACCGCUUUUAACGUGAGCCGCCAGGAGCAGGAUGACUAUGCCUUAAGAUCGCAUACCUUGGCGCAACAAGCUCAGGAAAAGGGUUACUUUACGGACUUAAUGCCUUUUAAAGUUCAAGGCGUUGAUCAGUUGGUCGACAAGGACAAUGGCAUACGUGUGUCCACGCCCGAAAGUUUGGCUAAACUAAAGCCAGCCUUUAUCAAACCUUAUGGCACAGUUACAGCGGCAAACUCUUCCUUUUUGACUGAUGGCUCCUCAGCGUGUCUUAUUAUGACCGAGGCGAAGGCCAAGCAAUUAGGCCUGAAGCCCAAAGCAUUUUUACGUGAUUUCCUCUAUGUGUCGCAAGAUCCCGUCGAUCAGUUGCUCUUGGGUCCUGCAUAUGGCAUACCGAAGCUGUUGAAAAAAGCAGGACUCACAUUGAAGGAUAUCGACACUUGGGAAAUUCACGAGGCGUUCGCAGGUCAAAUCGUGGCCAAUUUGAAGGCCUUGGAUUCCGAUUGGUUCUGCAAAACCUAUCUGGGUCUAAACGAAAAACUCGGCUCAGUCGAUAUAUCCAAGUGGAAUAACUGGGGUGGCUCCCUAUCAAUUGGUCAUCCGUUUGCCGCCACAGGAGUGCGUCUCUGUAUGCACACGGCGAACCGUUUGGUUCGUGAGGAUGGCAAACUUGGUGUUGUUGCCGCAUGUGCUGCUGGUGGCCAAGGAGUCGCCAUGCUAAUCGAGCGUUAUCCUGGCGCAACUGCCGACUGAAUUUCUGUAUCAUUAGCUAAGUUCUUUACAGUUUAAUACAUGCCCCUAAAUACAUUUAUUUGCGGUUUAUAUAGUUA